AUGCGACAUCUUUCCUCUGGGAUGCUGCUGCUGGGCUCCUUGUGGUGUGUUGUGUUCCUGUGGCCCUGUGACUCUGAGGCUACUACUAGAGACUACUAUGAGGUGCUGGGUGUUCCUCAGUCUGCCACUGACAGGCAGGUCAAGAAGGCCUUUCAUAAACUGGCCAUGACAUACCAUCCAGACAGGAACAAAAGUCCCAAUGCAGAGAAGAUUUUCAGGGAGAUAGCUGAAGGUAAGGUCCUUGGCUCACAACUUAAUUUUUCUCUCUUUGAUCAGUAAGAGCUGAAUAUAUAUAUAUAUCGUACUGUGCUAAUAUAUCUUGUUCAUUUUAAGAUAAACCUGACAUUCUUUGCAAAGAGUGUGAUGCAACCAAUACCUGCAGACAGAGGCACGUUGUUUUGUCUCAUACUGCACCACACUCAGACCACUAUAACACCACUUUAACCUUUCAGAAUAGGCUACCUUUUUUAAGCUCAGGUAAUGUAGCAUUGUGUUUUGGGUAAUUGUGUGAGUGAAUGGACUGGGAGACUUCAGAAUUGCCAGUUCUAUGGUAACAGAGUGCUCCUCUCUCCUCUUCAAGCGUACGAGGUGCUCUCAAACGAGGAGAAACUGAGGCGGUAUGACCAGAUGGGCCAUGAGGCCUUCCAGACUGAGGGGGAGGAUGGGGGUAAAGGGGACUGGGCUGGGGAUGGAGGGUGCCAGGGCUCCUUCUACUUUAACCUGGAGGAGCUGUUCCAGGGCCUGAAUCUGGACGAGGACCCCUUUCUGGAGGAUCUGGGGGACUCCUGGAGCUUCCAGCUGGGGGGAGAGGAUGAGGAUGACCUCCAUGAGUACCAGGCCUUCCUGGGUAGCAGCUUCUUUGACCUCUCGGGGGAUCCCUUCAGCCAGAUGGGGCUGGGGGACCAUGAGGAGGGGUUUGGGGAGCAAGAGGGACAGCAGUUCUGCUGGAAGAAAACACACACAGAUGGCAGUGCUGUGGAAGUGUGUGAGGGGGGAUGAUCUAUCUAUGUUUUCAUGGGCUCAUAUAAUGUUUGCAGUCAGGUGGGUUGAAUGUGCAAUAAAGUCACAGUGCCCUUACAUCCAUUAUGUCUGGAGUUGAUUCUGUCACAGAACAGCACAUAGCGCCUGUGUUCCAUAAUAUAAAGUGGACAUUGGAAACGUUAUAUACUACUGAAUGAGCUGUGCUGCUUUUAUGGGCUAAAAUAAGUUCCAGUUGUUUACCGGUCUGCAGGGUUGACUGAGGGGAACUCUAUGGUCAGUUCUCCUAUCUUUCCUGUAUGGGUGUGGCCGUGGUCCAGACAUAUGAGUUACUCAGUAACUCAUCGUUACUCCCCUCUCUGUUUUUCCCUGCGCCAGCACUUUCUUUGGUGUGACUGUUUUUUACCCUCUCACUCCUGCACAGAACCACCAUGCACUUUGACCUAAAGGAAAUCCUGUGCCUCUUCAGCAGUUAGUGUGUCUGUGUUUGUGCACCGCUGGCGUUAGGAGACAAAGGGUCUGGGCUUUUAUAUUUUUAUCAAACUAACAGUUUUACCACACUACAGACGUUGGGGGAGCAACUGCACAUACAGUAGCCUGCUGGUUAGAAAAUGAUGGUAAGUCUGAUGUGUAGUAUGAUGUAGUUUGAUAAGACAGUUUAUCUACAGUUCCUGGUCAUCAUGUGAUAGGCUGUGUGCCAGAGACACACCUUUUGCGUUUUACUUUUUAGCUGUGAAGAUGAUUUAAAACGAAUCAUACUGCAAGUAUUAGAAUGCUGAUGUUUUUGUAAACCUGAAAGUGUGCUUUUGUGAGGGUGUGGUAAUAAUGGACAUUUAUCAGUGCAGGAUGACAAGCUACUUUAAGUUAAACAACAUUCAAUAGCUGUAGCAAUAACCAUGUCUCAUGAUGAAUGCUUUCUGGUGUUGUUUGGAGUCUGACAGAAAUUACUGUUGUUGAUUUCAGGAGGAGGCUAGAGAGGGGUCACUUAGUGUGAGUGUCCAAACCAUCCGGGUCACUGAAGCCGUGAGAGACGGGGAUGCACUGACCUUCGUAGUCAUAUCCCAGAAGGUGUGUAGUGUUCAGAGAUAAAUGAAAUAGUCUCAUAGUCUAAUGUAGCCACUAUUUUGGAGAAUUACUGAUUGUCAGAACCCUACUCAGUGGGACCUUAAAGCCUUGACGAUAGCCAUUAACUUAAGUAAUAGUAUAGUGUACAAUUAUGGUAUAUAGUAUACAUUGGUCAGUUUCUUAUAUCCUUUGUUGGAUACAGUGACCAUAAAGUUAGUAUUUUUUCUCAGUGCCUCUUAUUGUGUCCAGAUGUACUAUGAGAUCAGGAGGAGGUUUUCAAUGGUGUGCAUGAAUACUGUACCAAAUGCACUUGUUCCCUGUUUGACUGUUGUGACAUGUUGUUCUCUGUGCUCCCUCUCUCUCUCUCCAUGUCCUAGUUGUCAGGCAGUGGGGAGUACCAUGUGGCCAGGACUCAUGAGGACUUUGAGUGGCUGCAGCAGUGUCUGUUCUCUCAGGAAGUGGUGCCUGGGAUACUGGGGGUUAUUGUUAGUAUCCCACCUCUUAUUGCCUACACCUGACACACGUUCGAAACCUGACACUGACCCUAACUAGUAAACCUAUAAGCUUCAACAGUGACUAUAUAUUGCUUUCAAAUAAAGUUAAGAAACAAAUGUCAUAUACAAAACAUCUUUCUAUGACAUAGAUCAGGGGUGACAAACUCAUUCCAUGGAGGGCCCAGUGUAUGCAGGUUUUUCUUUUAAAUGAACACAUAGACAACAAGGUUAGGGGAGUUCCUUACUAAUUAGUGACCUUAUUUUAUCAAUCUAGUACAAGGGAGGAGCGAAAACCCGCAGACACUUGGCCCUCCUUGGAAUGAGUUUGACACGUGAUAUAGACUGACCAGGUGAAUCCAGGUGAAAGCUAUGAUCCCUUAUGGAUGUCACUUGUUAAAUCCACUUCAAUCAGUGUAGAUGAAGGGGUGGAGACAGGUUAAAGAAGGAUUUUUAUGCCUUGAGACAUGGAUUGUGUAUGUGUGCCAUUCAGAGGGUGAAUGAGCAAGACAAAAGAUGUAUGUGCCUUUGAACGGGGUAUGGUAGUAGGUGCCAGGCGCAUCGGUUUGUGUCAAGAACUGCAAUGCAGCUGGGUUUUUCACGCUCAACAGUGUAUCAAGAAUGGUCCACCACCCUAAGGACAUCCAGCCAACUUGACACAACUGUGGGAAGCAUUGGAGUCAACAUGGGCCAGCAUCCCUGUGGAAUGCUUUCGACACCUUGUAGAGUCCAUGCCCCGACGAAUUGAGGCUGUUCUGAUGGCAAAGGGGGGUGCGCAACUCAAUAUUUGGAAGAUCUUUCCUAAUGAUUUGGUAUAUUCUGUGUAUAUUUAAGCAAUAAGGCACGAGGGGGUGUGGUAUAUGGCGAAUUUACCACGGCUAAGGGCUGUUCUUAUGCACGACGCAGCGCGGAGUGCCUGGAUACAGCCCUUAGCCGUGGUAUAUUGGCCAUAUACCACAAACCCCAGAGGUGCCUUAUUGCUAUUAUAAACUGGUUACCAACGUAAUUAGAGCAGUAAAAAUAAAUGUUUUGUGAUACCCGUGGUAUAUGGUCUGAUAUACCACGGCUGUCAGCCAAUUAGCAUUCAGGGUUCGAACCACCCAGUUUAUAAUUUCAAAAUGUAGCCCAAUGUAGGCUAUACACCAUUGCAUUGGGAAUUCAAGCCUCAUAAAAAAUACCACUGUGACUUCUCUACCUAGUUUCCUCCUCUACCAGCCAAGCCUCAGUUGAAUGCACCAACCAAAGUUCUGAAACAACUUGGUAUGUAUUUUAACAAAUAUAUUGCUUACAGCCCUGACCCAAUGCACCUGACAUCACACAGAUAUUUAUCAACACAUUGUCUGGGUUGGGAGCCAGAGCGAUGGUGUUGGUCUCCGGUGGGGGGGGGGGGGGUUCCCUCGCUACAGAGGCCAAUGCUUGCUAACAAUGUGUUUGUUACAAAUUAUUAUGUUGUAUCAUUAAUUUGUGAAAACCAAUACAAAAAUAUAUAUCUUACAUCCAAUGAAACUCUGCAACGUUGUUAUGCAUUGGUCAGUCUCUGGUCUGAUAUUGUAUGGGUGGCCAUACCAAUGUUUUAUAUUGGUUAUAAGUGAAAGAUUUGGCUGUCUCACUGGGUCUGCUGUGUAGGUUUCUUGGCCAUGGGGGAGGACUGGCGUACGUACUGCAGGGCACUGGAGACCUAUCUCCAGCAG